AGUGGAUAGUGUUACAUGUCAUGUUAUGUAAAAAAAAUAUCAACGAAUUUUACAAGGUACAUAUCGCUUAGAUAACAAUUUUAUUUGGAUACUUUAUAUAUAACAAAGGUCAUCGAAAGUCACAUCUUAAGAUUAUGUUCCUUUCAUACAAAGAAGAUCAAAUUCAUGUAAACUACUGAACCGAUUUUAAUUAAACUUGAUACACAGUGUAACAAGGUCUAAAAAGUUAAUUAUAAACAUUUUCAAGAAAAUAUUUCAAAAACAACUUUAACGAAGUAUUUAGAUGUUGCGUAUGAUAGAUACCAAGUUAAUUCAUAAUUAUUUUUUUAUUAAAAUUGGUAAUAGGUCUUUCCCAUUGGCUUGAAACUUGAGAGUUUGUAUGGACACGCGCGCCGCGUAAAUGCUCCUAACUUCAAGCAACAUUUUUUGCAGGCGUUUUUAUGACGGAUGUUUUUUAACACACAGAUAUUUUUCAGUACUUAAUGACAUUGAAUCAGUCACACUCAAAGUGUUUGCGAAGUAGCACGUUUAAUACUAAAAUAGCCUGUACUCGACAAAAUGUACAAAUUAAUAUUAUUUCUGGUGUUAGUAAAAUGUUUAUUUGGUAAAGAAUCGGGCCCCACUGUGAUUACUAAAAAGGGAACGAUUAAAGGGUUACAGGCGGAAGAUGGUUACUCUAUGUAUCUGGGAAUACCUUACGCUCUGGUAGAUGAAAGCGAUCCAUUUGGGGCGGCGUUACCUCAUCCUGGAUUCAAUGAAACUUACAAAGCAUUUGAUGAUAGCGUCGCGUGUCCUCAGACCAGCCGAGCUGGUGCACUUUUAGGCACAAUGCAAUGCUUACAACUAAAUAUCUACGUACCAAAUAACGCAAGCUUCAGCAACAAGGUACCUGUCAUGGUUUACAUUCAUGGAGGAUCCUUCAUACGAGGUAGCAAAGCAAUGGAAAAUCUAUCCCCUAAAUUCCUUAUUAGAAAUGACGUCAUCAUAGUCUCAAUAAACUACAGACUAGGACCAUACGGCUUCCUCUGCGUGAGUGCACCUGGCUACAGCAACCAAGGUUUGAAGGACCAGAUCUUGGCGUUGAAAUGGGUUAAAGACAACAUUGAAGCGUUUGGAGGAGACAGUUCCAAGAUAACAGCUUUUGGCCAGUCAGCGGGAGCCAUGACCUUAGACCUUCAAUUGUUAACUACUAAGGAUUUAGUUCACAGAGCAAUUAUUCAAAGUGGUACGGCGUUGACAACGUGGGUUAUAACCACACGUAAUGAUAAUAUACCAGUCAGUUUAGCCAAUAAACUGGGAUAUUCUGGUAAUGAUGUGCAGGAAGCACUAGAUUAUCUUGUCGACAAGGAACCAAUGGACACUAUACAAGCAAGUGUAGAUACAGGAAUUUUUAACGCACAUCCAUUAACUAAACCAUGUGUAGAAAUAGAAGGUGACAAUGCGUACUUAACAGAUUUCCCAGUCAACCUGCAACCCCAAGUUAAAGGGAUGGAUAUUAUGAUCGGCCACACAAAUAAGGAAGUUAUGUUUAUAUAUCCGAAAGAGACUGACAAAGAGUACUAUGAGAAUUACAGGUUUGCAGAAGAAUUGAAACAAGGUUUUGACGAUGUUUACGACGAGGAAAAUGUACGACAUUUCUACACAGGUGAUACGGUUUUAAGCGUGGAAUCACAAGACGAUAUCUUCGAUUUUGGAACAGAUUUCGUCUUCGCCUACCCGACAGAGAGAUCCAUUAACAGAUAUCUAGAGGCCAAUGCAAAUAAAGUAUACAGAUACCUGUUCGCCUACGAGGGUGGUAGGAAUAGAAAUAAAGUGUUGGGAAAUUUCACUGCACCCGGAGCGUGUCACGGUGACGAUUUAGGAUAUUUGUUCGAGAUGGACAUAUUUGAGGGUGGAGUGCCCAAUGAAGAUGACCAGAAGAUGAUUGAUGUUAUGACUACAAUGUGGACGAAUUUCGCGAAAUAUGGAGAUCCAACGCCAUCUUCAACGGACCUCAUUACAACGCGAUGGGAGCCGACAGAACCUGGAUCAACACAGCGGCCAUAUUUGCUAUUGAAUCAACCAAUCGCACUGGAAUAUCGAAUAUUUCAAAAAAGGAUGUCUUUCUGGGAACUAUAUUACAAAUUAUAUUAUAUAAGAAUAACGAAAGAGGUUUUAGUGUAAAUAAGAUAUAAUACGUUCAUUUUAUGUAUUUUUUGUUAAUAAUAGAUUUAAAACAUCUUUCCUGUAUAGUGAGCUUGAAGAAGACAUAUAUAAGUAUAGGUAUUGCACCGUGACUUUCAUGUUUUUUUAACGAUCAUUUAUUUAUUUAUUUCACUUGAUUAUUACAUUUUUAAAUAUUAAAUUAAGUAAGCUGUCGCAACACCGUAUGUGACAAAAUCACAAAAAUUUUACUCAUUUUUAUUAAAUCCAAUAAUUAUACGAUUUUGAAGUAUUUUACACUAUCUAACAAAUAAACAAUAUAUUUCAGAACUUUUUACAAUUAAAAAUCAUGAGAGAUAAUUUAUAAAACAAAAUUUUACAAAAAUAGUGAAUAACAGUGACAUGACAUCUUAUUCCUUCUUCUCAUUCGUAUCACUCUUGACAGAAUGGUCGUGGUCAACACGUAGUGUCUGUGGAUUGUGUGGCAGAUGUUGCUCGCCUCACGAUGUCCCGUCAUCGCUCCCUGUUGGUGGUCAAUCUGGUGCACUCGUGCACGGUAUCUUAUAUCAUUAUCGAUAUCUUAUGUCAUUGGGUAAAAAUUAAAAUCACGAUAAUCACAUAUUAGUCAUGAAGAGCUGCAGCUGCACUAAAGACACGCAUGCCAUCUCCAACCUCGUCGCCCAGCUCCGCCCCGCCAUCAUCGGCACCACCACCAGAUGCAGUGGUGUCACCGACAGGUGCAGGCGCGUCGAGCUUUAGUGACGAGUACUUCUCCCCGCCCACGUACAUUUUUAUCAAAUCAUUUUUAUGUUUUUUUUUUAAAUGGUGCAAAUAAACUGUUUUUCUUUCUUU